AUGGCGAUCAUAGGGGUCGCCCUGCUCUGGUGGAGCCUAAUGAGCGUGUCCGACGGCUACACUCCCAUACGCGGCAACAAAGGGAAAGUGCUCGUCUCCUACUCCUAUUUCGAGAAAGAUGACAUUCAGACCCGCAACUUCGACUUCUUCAUCACGACUGCCAUGGGCGUCGACAACGUGCUAGAUAAGCCACAUAACAUCGACUUCGUGGUGGUGCAGAGCGGAGACGCCUGCGAGCCCUGCAAACGGCUGCUUCAAUCCAUGAAGGCUGCAGACAAUGCCUUGUCGGAAGUUCGGCAGGUGUACGAAUCCGUGUCUGGCCCCGGCCGAGUGACCCUCCUCCAGCGCAAGGAGAACGAGGGCAUGGACUUUGCGGCGCACAACAUCACUUUGGAGUACCUGCUGGCUCAGGGCAGGCUGAAGCAGUACAAGUAUGUGAUCCUGCUCAACAGCUCCGUCCGUGGCCCCUUUGUCCCAUCCUACAUGCCCGAGGGCUGGCAGUGGCCGCAGGCCUACACCAGCCGCCUGGUGGGGGACGUGCAUGUCGUCUCCUCCUCCCUGGUGUGCCUGCCAGAGGUCGACCUGGGUGGCCACGGCCCCAAGCUCGAGUCCUGGGCAGCUGCCGUCGACCAGGAGGGGCUCCGUGUGCUCAUGGACGAGGGCGUCUUUGCGAUCAGGACCUGCAAACUCUGCAAGGACGGCAUCGUGGUGAAAGGCGAGUACGGCCUGUCGGCCGCCAUGACCAAGCAUGGGUACACCUUCGACACGCUCAUGUCCAAGUACCGCAAGGCAAGGGCCACCCUUGGAUUGUUGUGCGAAUGGAAGGAGGGGUUCCUGCCAGCCCGGGAUGGGCAUGGCUGCGUGGACUGGCGUGACCGCGCCAACUGGAACUGCAACAACAACGUGCACCCCAGCCGGCACGGCACGUACGACGGCCUGUCCAUGCACCCCUUUGAGACCGUGUUUGUCAAGGCGUCCUGGCACGUGGGCGGCCCCUUCGUGGACAAGUACGCCGAGUGGAUGACGGCGCAGGCGCUGGGCAAUCCGACCACCCGGGGCGCCUUUGACGAGCCCAUGUACCGCUACGCCGUCAGCAUGGAGGCGCAGAAGGACCCGCACGUGGAGCAGUGCUACAAGGUCCUGGAUCGGGACAAGGGCCAGUGA